AUGACGACCCUAUUCACUGUCCCCAUCGCUUCAACCGGGGGCUCUAUCAUCUGCACGAACCCCAGUGCCGCCAAAGAGCACCAAAGCAUCUAUGUGCUCACAUUCACAUCGCCCAAAGACAACCGGCUGACCCCUGUCUUUCUUGAUGCCUUCGUAUUGGCACUGGACAUCAUCGAGCAUCGCUAUCCCAAAGGUGUUGUAGUCACCACAAGUGGAAUCGCCAAAUUCUACAGUAAUGGACUUGAUCUUGAACUCGCUGGAAGCACCGAAGGCUUCCUUGAAAACUGGCUGUGGAAACUCUUCCGCCGGUUCUUGACAUACCCCAUGCCAACGGUGUGCCUGUUGAAUGGACACGCGUUUGCAGGAGGCUUCAUGCUAGCCAUGUACCACGACUACCGGAUCAUGAACCCAGAUCGCGGCUUUGUAUGUGUCAACGAGCUGGAAUUUGGAGUCCCGCUCCAAACGCCCAUGAUGUCCAUCUUCCGCGAGAAGUUGACUCCAAUCACGUUCCGGAAUGUCGUCUUGGAAGCUCAUCGCUUUGGUGGUCGCAAUGCCCUCCAGGCUGGGAUUGUGGAUGCUGUAGGUGGGAUCGAAGAGACUCUUGCUCUGAUUCAAGAGCGAAAGCUUCAGACGAAAGCUGCAACCGGCAUUUAUGGGACCAUGAAGGAAGAGAUGUAUGCUCGCGUUUUGAAUGGAUUAGAUGAUCAUUCUGGGAACUUGAAGUGGCGGGAGAAUGUCGAGAAUAAGAAUGAGUCUGUUUCUAAGAAGGGCUUGGAGAACGUCAGGGAGUUUGAGAAGAAUAAGGCGAAGCUCUAG